UUCACUUACUCAUCUAGAAAAACCUUUCUCUUUUCAACUUUGAAUCUUACUUCUCCAAUAAGUUUAUUUUGACAAAUGGGUCCCACUUCAUCUUCUACAUCUCUAUUUAUACAUUCCUAUGGCUUCCUCUCAUCUUACAACGCAAAAUUUCAUCACAUAAAUUAUUAAUUAACACAUUCCUCCUUAAUUCCCUUCUUAAUAGUUCAAAUUGUUAUAAAAUCAUUAAUCAUUUUUUUGAAAAAUAACCCAUUUUCAUUCAUAAUUUCUUGUUUAAUUGUAUAUAUAGCACACACAAAUUCAUUUCAGACACUAAUUUAUUCUUUGCACUAAAAAAAAUUGUGUCUUUAUUGUUUAUGAUAUAAUCCCCUCUGUUUUUUUUUUCUCUGGUUUUUCUGUUUUUCAAUGGCUCCUCCAAAUGACCCAGUUAUUCCAAUUAGCUUAAUCAAAUCCAAAUCAUUAAACCCAUAUUUUGAUCUAUCAGAAGAUGGGAAAUUUACUGUUAAAGGUGUAACUUUACUGUCUGAAAUCCCAAAUAAUGUCUCUUUUACUGAUUUUUCCUCCAUUUGUAAAUACUCUGAUUCUGAUGCUCCAUUUCCUAUCCUUCAAAGGGUACAAUCCACCUCUCAUCGAGGCGGGUUCUUCGGGUUUCAAGUCGAAGAACCCGCCCAUAGAGUAAUGAACUCUUUAGGAAGAUUCCAUGACAGGAAUUUCCUAAGCAUUUUUAGGUUCAAAACAUGGUGGUCUACUCAAUGCGUAGGAAAAUGUGGGUCUGAUUUACAAAUGGAAACUCAAUGGGUUUUAUUUGAUGUCCCUGAAAUUAGGUCAUAUGUACUUAUUGUGCCCUUAAUUGAGGGUAGUUUUAGGGCUGCCCUUAACCCUGGGGAUGAUGGGCAUGUCAUGAUUUGUGCUGAAAGUGGUUCUAGUAAUGUUAAAGAAUCAAUUUUUAAGGCUAUAGCUUAUGUUCAUGUAUGUGAUAACCCUUAUAAUAUAAUGAAAGAGGCAUUUAGUGCUUUAAGGGUAUACCUUAACACAUUUAGUCUCUUAGAAGAGAAGGGUACCCCUACAAUUAUGGAUAGAUUUGGUUGGUGUACUUGGGAUGCAUUUUAUUUAUCAGUUGAACCUAAGGGUAUUUUUCAUGGGGUAGAUGAGUUUUCAAAAGGGGGUUUGCCAAUUAGGUUUUUGAUUAUUGAUGAUGGGUGGCAAAGUAUUAAUUGUGAUGAUGAUAACCCAUAUGAAGAUAGAAAAGGUCUUGUUCUUGGUGGGGAGCAAAUGACUGCUAGACUUCAUAGAUUUAAUGAAGGAGAAAAGUUUAGAAAUUACAAAGGUGGGUCGUUGUUAGGGCCUAAUUCCCCCCCGUACAACCCUAUGAAACCGAAAUUGAUCAUCUCGAAAGCUAUCGAGAUCGAGCAUGCUGAGAAAGAUCGAGCGAGGGUGGCUCAAUCGGGUGUUACACCCGAUCUGUCCACCCUCGAUGAGAAGAUUAAAGUUCUUAAGCAAGAACUAGAUGGGUUGUUAGAAGGAGAAAAGGGUAGUGAAAAUGAUCAAAAUAGUGAAGUAAAGGAAUGUGGAAUGAAAGCUUUUACCAAGGAUCUUAAGAGUAAGUUUAAGGGUUUAGAUGAUAUUUGGGUAUGGCAUGCUCUAUGUGGUGCUUGGGGGGGUGUUAGGCCUAAAACAACACAUUUUAAUGUAAGUGUAAUACCUUGUAAAUUGUCACCUGGUUUAGCAGGAACAAUGGAUGAUCUUGCAGUGGAUAAAAUUGUUGAAGGUGGAAUUGGACUUGUUCAUCCUGAUCAAGCUGCUGAAUUUUAUGAUUUUAUGCAUUCUUACCUUUCUAGUGUUGGAAUCACUGGUGUUAAGGUUGAUGUCAUUCAUACACUUGAAUAUGUUUCAGAGCAAUUUGGAGGAAGGGUAGAGUUAGCAAAGAAAUAUUACAAUGGUUUAUCAAAAUCCUUAAGGAAGAACUUCAAAGGCACCAACCUUCUUUCUAGCAUGGAGCAAUGCAAUGACUUCUUAUUCCUUGGAACCAAACAAAUAUCCAUGGGAAGAGUAGGUGAUGAUUUUUGGUUCCAAGACCCAAAUGGAGACCCAAAUGGGGUGUUUUGGCUACAAGGAGUACAUAUGAUCCAUUGCUCAUAUAACAGUUUAUGGAUGGGUCAAGUUUUCCAUCCUGAUUGGGAUAUGUUCCAAAGUGAUCAUGUUUGUGCCAAGUUUCAUGCUGGAUCUCGAGCCAUUUGUGGUGGACCAAUCUAUGUUAGUGACUCUCUUGGAGGCCAUGACUUUGAUCUUCUUAAGAAGCUAGUUUACCCUGAUGGAACCAUCCCUAAAUGUCAGCAUUUUGCACUCCCAACUAGGGAUGUUCUCUUCGAGAAUCCUCUCUUUGAUCAAAAAACCAUUCUUAAAAUAUGGAACUUCAACAAGUAUGGUGCUGUUCUUGGAGCAUUUAAUUGCCAAGGAGCAGGGUGGGAUAGACAAGAAAGAAGGAUUAAGGGCUACAAGGAAUGUUACAAGACCAUGGAAGGUCUAGUACAUGUAAAUGACAUAGAGUGGGACCAAACAUUACAAGGCAUAGAGAUGGGUUGUGCUGAGGAGUAUGCUGUCUACAUCAAUCAAAAAGACUCACUUCUCUUAGUCACACCCAAAUCCGACCCAAUUCAAGUCAAGUUAAACCCUUCAUCUUUCGAGCUUUUCACUUUUGUUCCAAUCAAAAAAUUAGGACGAUUUGUUAGGUUCGCGUCAAUUGGCUUAACCAACAUGUUUAAUAGCGGAGGAACGAUCCGAGAACUCGAGUUUGAGGACUUGAGUGCUAAGAUGAAGGUUAAAGGAGUUGGGAGUUUCCUAGCUUACUCAAAUGAGGCACCAAAGAAGUGUAUUGUUAAUGGUGAGGAGGUGCAAUUUGAGUGGUCUAAUAAGAAGAACAAGUUGGUGUUUGAUUUGCCUUGGAUUGAAGAAAAUGGUGGUGUUUCCCAAGUUAUUGUUCAAUUUUGAUCAUGGGAUAUUGGAGAGUUUGAAGUUACUAAUGAUUAUUAUAAAUUGUUUUCAUUGUUUUUAAUUUUAUGUAAUUUGAUUUUGAUUGUAUUUUAAUUUGUAUGGAGUGAUUGAUAUUUUUCACAAAGGUGAACAUUGAUUUUUUUUAAUAAGAGCUAGAGUGGAAAGUUUGUAUCAUAUUUUUACUUACCUGUUCAUUAAAAAAACCCUAAUUUAUAUAGAGUUUUCUUCACGGAGCGGCAUGGUCGUCGAUUAGCAAGUGCAAACCAAGUGAGCUAUCGUGUAGAAUCAUAAGUUUUUUUUUUAAUUUUGAAACAGUGACUUUUUUGUAUAGGGUUGAUUUCAAUUUAAAAAUAAUUUAUAUUUUUUGC